AUGACACGAAUUGCCAACACGUGCUUGACACGGCUAGUUCUUCUUGUCUUGGUUAUUCUUGUUUGUGAUUCUCCGAUAUUUUCUCACACCUCUAUUUUGGAAGCCGUCAAUGAUGAAUUAAAAACUUUCUCCGAACAAGAAGCUUCGACCACAACACGUUCACAAACUAGUUUCCUUCAACAACAACAACAAGAUACCCAUGUCUUGUACGACCUGUACACAGACCCAUAUUGCAGCACUUCGAAAGUCUCAAUUCUCAUUCGCAACACCACUUGCACACCCAACAUGUAUUGUGAUUCCAAUGUUCAGCUUGGCUAUUUUGGACGUGUCGUAUGUCCAGGCAACAACCCACCACCUCCUCGUCCUGGUCAAGUUCAAGCCAUGCAAUAUAACGAUGGAGCCUCAUGCCAAGAUCCACGACCGAUAGUGACCUAUUUUCCCAAAAAUGUGUGUUCCCCUGAUUUGUUUGUCACUGCAAUGGAUGGUUAUAGUGGAAAAGCCAAUUGCUCGCAAUACACGUCAUUCCAUGGUGACACCUGCUCUCAAGGCAUUUACAAACAAUAUACUUUUGUUGUGAACAAUGAUACUUGUAAUUCCAAUGAAUUUAACACUGGAUAUUCAUUGACCUGUCAUAAUGAUCAAUCCGAUCCAUAUUUGAAUGGAUACAUUUCAUACGAUUUAUUCUCAGACAGUGCUUGCACCGUGAGACUUUCUUCGACUUUAGUGAGACCAAGUCAAGUGUGUAUUCCAAGUGGAUUUUGUGUACAAUUGGCAUGGAAUGUAUUUGGAAUUGCUAAUUGUAUGUCCAAUUUGCCAUCUUUACAGCCAGGACAAAUGGCCAUUCGUCAUCAUUAUGGUUAUACUUGUGAACUUCAAUAUCUUAAAUUUGUGGAAUAUCAUCCACUAGAUACUUGUAGUUUCAGCAUGAAUUUUGGAUAUGUAAAGGCCUCAUGCUCGUCUUAUUAUUCCUAUAAUGACAACAAGUGUCAAACAGGAGGAAUAUUCAGUAAUUACUCGUCAACAAGUUGUUAUGACAUGCAAACUGGAUUUUCUCUUGGAUACUCAUCUAAUUGCGUAGGAUUUGAAUUGAAAUGUUGGGACCUAGAUGUGAUGGGCUCGCCAAUUCCAGUCAUUGAAUCAACAGUCAUUGCAUAUAAUACACUUGUUUUUAAGGUUAACAUAACUAAGGACGAUCAUGUGAAUUUAGAAUAUUACAUGUUUUUUGGAACAUCGGAAUUUAACUUUACCACUUGUCGAGUUGUUGGAGAUGAGAGGAUGAAUGUUUCUUCAAAUAUCUCUUAUUUACCAUGCACUGAAUCAUUUGUGACUUCUCCGUACCUUGUGGAUCACUUUAUUUCUAGUAAUGCAACAACGAAAACAUAUUCUGGUGAUCACAUGACAUUGAGUAUUCCUAUUUCCAUCCACGUGGUGGAUACUCGAGUCACUACAAAUGGUGGAUUUUGUAGAGAUUACAAAUUUACCACAACACAAGUCAUUAACGUUCAAUUAUCACCUGUCAUUUCGAUUUCUACUUUUAAUCAAACGACGCCUUUAAAUGGAUACUUGACGAACUUGUACCCUAUUGAAUUUAGCACCAAUAGUGGAUUCUUAGUGAUUCAAAUAAUUUUUGAGGCAACUAAUGUUUCAUUGAUGUCUCUUGAGUUUUAUAACAGCACCAACUCAUUGUUUGCACUGCGUGUGACAGAGACACAAUUUUUAUAUCAAAAUUUUGCAACCUUUAAAAAAUAUUAUCGGGUUGUGGUAAUUUCUGAUCAAACUGCCAAUGACUAUCGAUCAUUAGUAUAUUUCAAAACGAUCUGGAAGAGAAAAGGAGUUUUAGAUACAGUGAUCGAAUAUUUACCUCUUCAAAUUACUUAUACCAUUAUUACACCACCUUCUCAGAAAAAUUUCACCUUAGAAUCGACCAUGUCACUUUCAAAUAACGACUGGACUCCAAAGAUAAAAUUCCUCUCAGAUGAAAGACUUUUUGCGCAAGUCCAUGUGACUACACCUUUGGGAGAUCGCACUCGAAUAAGAGUGAAAGAUGCUUUUAUGUGCUGCUUUAAAGAAUUUACCGCUUCUAUUACAUAUAAUCCUUCAUCAGGCCAAUAUGGAUGUUCUAGAUUUAAUUCUUUAACCAUGGAUGUUUGGAAGCCAGUGAUUGCCAACUCAGUCCCAGACUCUCAAGUCGAAACUCUGACUUAUCAAUUUGGUGGUAAUAAUUUCUAUGGCUUUUCUUUCAAAUUACUUUCAACACUCUUUCCGGAAAAGUAUUCCCAACAAUCGACUUCCUGCUUUUUGCAAGCACAUGUUGAGCCAAUAACCACUAAUUCUUUGAGUAGAAGUAUGAAUGAAGCAGAAAGUGCAACAGUAGUGACAUCGAGCUUGUUCGUGGUGGAUGUCAAAAAGCUGUUAAAAGCAGCUUCCAUUUCAUCAGCAAGGGAGGGUAAGAUUGGCUACACUUGCAUGGGAGUUACACCAUACCAAUGUUGGAUCCACCGCAACACGAUCUUUGCUCCUCUCUAUGCUGGUUUCGAUGGCCAUCCAGCUGACUUUUGCAAGUAUGCCUAUGACAAGAAUCCAACUGUCUACAAGCAAUGUGCUGCUCAAUUGUAUGAACAAAAUUAUUUCAAUCAAGGAGGUUGCAGCCCAUUACCAAUGCCUGCAUAUUAUGUGUGUGCAGAUAUUGCUGUGAAUUCUGGAGUUGGUCGUUCUCAACAAUAUAUUUCUGAAUUGGGAGGUUAUCAUGGUCAAGAUGCAAAGGAAUUUGCAAGAGCUUUGAAUGAGAAACAUCGUGCCGAUUAUAUCAGAUGGGGAUGUCCAACAUGUGAGAAUAGUCUUCCUUGA